CAUGCACAGCCACCACUACGACAUCGUCAAGACACAUUCACAACCAUCACAACUAAGACGCAGAAAUGCAGUCCCUUCGAACUCGUCGCUCACAACGUGGGCCUCGCAAACCAAGGGAGGAAGGGGGUACAAAGCUCGCGAAGCCUGGUGCUGGACCUACCCCUCGACCACGACCCGAUUUGCGCAAGUCUCGAGUCGAUGACAAGAUUAAGAAACGUAUGUCGAUGCGAUAUGCAGACAUAUCAGGCCCGACAGACUUAAAUGUACCUGCGAUGCCAACUAUUGGAGCGGGUAUAGGGGCGAUACGGGUUUCCCCCCGAGGAAAAGAACGAGACGAAGAAUUAGUUGAUAUGGAAGAGGGAGGGAAUGAAAAAGAGCGGGGGAGGAUAUCUACGGAAGACGAUAAAAAGUUGUUGGACAAGUCAGACUUUGAUCCAGAUGCAUACCUCAAGUCGAAGUUAGCAAAUUCGACGGAAGCAGAGAUCAAAUCACUUCAAUCGUCUCUCCGCGAAUCAAAGGAAGAUACUGCUUCAGAAUUGCAACGGAAUGUCUUCAAGAAUUAUGCCGAAUUUGUCAACAUUUCUAAAGAAAUUUCAACCCUCGAGAAUGAGAUGCUGGAGCUUAAGGAGUCUCUAUCGGAGUACAAAUCGAUGCCUUCCAUGCUACACAUACCCGAUCCCACUACCUCCUCAUCCGCUCUCUCUACAUAUCGACGAUCUUCCGUCGCAGACCUACGGAUUAUGUACUUCAAUCAGAUGCAACAGCUACACACCCAGGUUGAGGGUUCCUCUAAACUCGCCCCCACAACGCCAGGCAGACAUAUUGUCAAUGAGACAGACGGGGUCCUUGCAUUGAAUACUGCGACAUACAAAGUUGUGGGAAAAGUGAAAUUCAUCAUUCUUGAUGACAUGGUUUUGGUUGCGAAGAAACGCAGGAGGACAGGUGGAGGGGAAAGUAGCUCAGGUCGGUAUGAUGGGAAGCUCGUUGCCGACAAGGCUUGGCCUCUGCAUGAAAUGUUAGUUCUGGAUACCAAAGAUUCGCCCAACAUGACGAAUGUGUUCAAAAUAAGGCAUGGGAAGGAAACGCAUGUCUAUCGUACAGAAACCCCCAACGAAAAGAAAUCAUUGUUGGCACAGCUACGGCAAGUCGGAGAGGAGUUAUCUGCCAAGCGACGGAAGGAACGUGAAGGCGAGCACGAAAGACGGAAGACGUUGUGGUCCGGCAAUGAGCGUAGUGCAUCGACACAAGAUUGGAUGGCUGAUUUAGCCGCUAAGGCCGGAGAGUCGUCUUCUCCUGCAUCCGAGGCGAAACAAAAGGCCGAGCGCGACACACGGUGGACAAAUGAUUGGGCUGACGAGCUCAAUGUGGCUAUCGCGCUGAAGGAGUGGGACAGAGCUGUCAAGCUGAUAGAAGAAGGAAAGGCAAAAGUAGCUGUUACACCACCUCUCGCAGCCAAGUUACCCCUUCUCACGAACCAGCUCACCAAUGCCCUUCUUGAUACGCUUUCGCAUGUCACGAAUAGAAAAACGGUGGUAGUGCAUUUAAUCUCCCUUUUGUUGCGAUUUGGGGCUGGCGGAGCAGCACGGACAACCUUUUUGAAAAUGCGUUCUCAGGUCGUGCAAAAUCUGGUACGCAAGAUCAAGUUUGAAGGACAUAUAGGAGCCUACGUGGCCGAUCUAGCAUUAGUUUAUUUCACGAGCAUCAAGCACACGGCAGAUUGGUUUUUGGCGAGCUUCAAGGAGAACGAGGUUGCUAGUAGUGAGUGUUGGUUGUCGACACAGGUGGAGAAUUAUGCCGAAAUAUUCAGGAAUCAGGUUUACACAGACGAGUUAGAACCCAAGGUCAUCGAAGAAGCGAUGAAAGUGACCUAUUCAUUGAGUAAAAAACUUCUGGAGGAAUAUGGCCUUGAUUUCCGCUACCUUCUGGAUGAACAGCUAAUAGAGAAGCCGAAGGAGGCACCUAAACCUGUCUCAACGUCCUAUUCCGCAGAGGGUCACCAGAUGUUACAAAGGCAUUCCAUGCAAAAGUCGGCAUCUUCACAACGCAAGCUUGUCACAGCCCCAAGUUCACUUUCGUUAACUCCAUCUACACCCCCUCUUGCCUCAAACCACUCAGAGCUAAGAAGAAUGAGUGCAACAACAUCUGCUUUCGCCUCGGGUUCUACACCAUUGUCUGAUACGCCUGUAUCCGCUUCAUAUUUGAGGUCACAACUUCAGGCUCCCAAUGUUGUGGGGCCUCGUGCUCGGACACCAACUACACCAACUGCACCCACACCAACUUCUCCCCAACCUCGGCGAACACCUCCACCACAAAGUAGUUCUGGACAACGGGAUUUGUCUGAACGAGAAAGACCGCCGCGGUCGGUAAGAGGCAGUCCUGCGCCCCCUCCUCGAUCACAGAAUCGACCGUCAUCGGUUCGCCCAACUCCAAUUGCGGUACCGCAGAGAGAUGGGAUGAUCUGA